CAUAUUGUACAACUUGAACUAUUCCUGUCGCCAGGCAACUUAUAUACAAUCCUGUCCUCGAGAUGCUGCACUUCGGCGAACUACUUUGUAUUGAGGAAAUAAUCAAAGCUUUAGCAUCAUUUAUUACUGCCCCCUAAAUAUUUACUUCUGUUGAAGGUUAUUUUUAAUCCCACGGCAAUGCCAGCACACAGAUCUCAUUGCCAUGUCCAUGGACCUCCAAACAUGUUUCAUGGCAUUAGAGAGUGGAAUGUCAUCUUUGUGCUGGAUACAUCAGGAAGCAUGUAUGAAAGCUUGCAAGCUGUGAAGGAUCACCUUAUUCAGGAGCUGAACUGUAGGGCCCAGGCUCUUCCUCACUUUAAAUUUAACAUAAUUGAGUUUAACAGUAAGGUCAGAAAAUGGUGUGACCGCUCUGUGUGGUGCAGUCCAAAUUCUCUUGCUGAGGCUGUGUCUUGGAUACUUUGCCUGGAAUGCCAAUCAGUUUCAGAUGGCCUGUCUACAGUUACAGCUCUCAAUGAGGCCCUUUUAGACCCACACUGUCAUGCUGUGUGCUUGGUCACAGAUGGGAUUCCAUAUUGCCCUAUUAGGGAACCCACCUGCAGGCCUUGCCAACCUCACAAAGUACCAAUACAUGUGGUGUGUGUCAGUGGGAAUGACAGACAAAGCCCACCCCAAAACUUCCUACUGGAGGUGACACAAGAGACAGGGGGAACCUUCCGCAUGUUAUCCCUGGAGACAGUAAGUGCAAAGAAGGUGGUGGACAUUAUGUUGUAGUAUUGCUACUGUCAAUGCUGUAUGGAAUCAAAUACAAUUUACUAGUAGAAAUGUAUUAAUAGGAUGUAUAAAACAGUAUAUUCAGGUCAAGAAAAGCACAAAGAGUAAUCCUGACAUUUCACUAACUGGUGUUUGAUGCUUCAAUAAAUUUCAACCAAUAUCAAAAGAAAAACAUAAUGAAAAUAGCAAAUUUGAUUACUUGUGUAA